CAAUUAAAUUGGGCUCAUCCUUCUUCAUUAAUAAAAACCCCCCUUUCGUUCCUUCUCCCUCAAUUGCCAUCUUUGGAAGAGCAAUAGCGAUGGCCAAGAGGCAAAGAAACAUCGACAACGGUGCGACCGGAGCCGCAAAGCUAAAGAGAACAAGAAAAAGUGUACCGAGAGAGUCUCCUUCUCAACGCAGCUCCGUCUACCGCGGUGUCACCAGGCAUCGGUGGACCGGGAGAUACGAGGCACAUUUGUGGGACAAAAACUGCUGGAAUGAGUCACAAAAUAAGAAAGGAAAGCAAGUUUAUCUUGGGGCUUAUGACGAUGAAGAGGCAGCAGCUCAUGCGUAUGAUUUAGCAGCAUUGAAGUAUUGGGGCCAAGACACCAUCCUCAAUUUCCCUAUAUCAGCAUACGAGGAAGAGCUCAAGGAAAUGGAGAGCCAGACCAGAGAAGAAUAUAUUGGAUCAUUGAGAAGGAAGAGCAGUGGCUUCUCCAGAGGAGUCUCUAAGUACAGAGGAGUAGCAAGGCAUCAUCACAAUGGGCGAUGGGAAGCUCGAAUUGGUCGAGUUUUCGGCAACAAGUAUCUCUACCUCGGAACAUACGCGACGCAGGAAGAGGCGGCGACCGCUUACGACAUUGCAGCGAUCGAGUACCGAGGCCUCAACGCCAUCACCAACUUCGGACUCAGCCGGUACAUCAAGUGGCUCCGGCCGAACGCCGAGGGAGCCAUCGGCUCUUACCCACCGACCGGCAUCCCGAUGCCCCACGUCGACGUCAGCGACGUCCCUGAGCCAAUGAGAGCCAGAGGAGGAGGCGCCGGGACAUCUGCGCUUGGACUUCUAUUACAGUCGUCAAAAUUCAAGGAGAUGCUGCAAAAGGCUUCACCGGAAACCACAGCCGCCGCCGCCGCCGCCACCUCCUCAUCAUCAUCAGCACCGGCGACACCAAACUCUUGUGGAGACAAUAAAUCAUUACUCCAGUGCAAUUUUCCAGAUUAUAUUCAGACCUACUUCGAGUGCCAAAAUGGCAGGAGCUUCAUUGAGGAAGAAGACGACUCCAUCUUUGGGGAGUUCGGUGACUUUAUGUCUUCUCCACUAAUCGAAGGCGUGUAGUUCUAGCUGUUUGUUUGCGAGCUGAAAUAGUCAAUAAUUUAUUUUCCUUAAUUUUGGAAAUAGGAUUAGUGAUAAGUUGAGUCAACAAAGAAUUAAAGGAGAGAAGGGAAUUGUUGAUGAAGAUAUGACUGUUGAGCUAAACAUUGAUUCAUUUUGUUCUAUUGUAGCAAUAGAACAAAGUUCUAGCUAAUUUUCAUAGAGAUUCAAUUCAAGCAUUAAUAUGAUAAAAAGUGUAUUG